UCUCCGAAUCCCAAUCAACAAUCUACGCGCACAUCUACAGCUGCCUGUCGCCAGAAGCCAGCGGGAAGAUAAUGUGAAUAAGAGAGAGGUGGCUUUGUUGUUAAGCUUCUAUCUGCUGUGAUUCAUAAACGGCCCGGAUAGAAUAUCAUGGGUCCAAUUGAAGGGCAUUGCUGAGAACAACCCGCCUUGGUUUUAACACCUUUGAGUGCAAACAUGGCUGUACAAUCUACACUGAGGGGGGUCGAGCCUCUCAAACGCCUGCACGCCUAUUAUACGAAGCUGUUCAUCGGAAAAUAUAAGGCAACUUCCCGAUCUACGCGCCUGCUGGCUACACUUGCGCUCCUCCUGUCAAUUAUUGCCAGUGGAGCCGGAGGACGGCGAUGGUGGAAGAAGAAGGCCUCCGAGAAGGAGGAGGGCCGACGCUUGCUACGAAGUAAUUCCGGGCUCAAAAACAAAGAUGGGUCAAGGACACUUGUCGUACCCUAUGGGGACGCGACAUCAAAGGUUACAAUUCACCCGACAAAGCCUACGACCUUCGACGCUCAUCGCCGGCUAUUCCUUAAUCCACCGCGCGCCUCUGGAAUGGUAGAUGGCCAGCCUACGCCACAUCUUCAGGCAAAGCCCGGUCUUAACCUAGCAUUUCUUCACCAGUUCCUGAGCCUUUUGAGCAUUAUGAUACCCAGGUGGCGUAGUAAGGAGACGGGCCUCUUGCUAAGCCACGGCGUUUUCCUACUUCUUCGCACGUACCUGUCUUUGGUAAUCGCAAGACUUGAUGGAGAAAUUGUCCGAGAUCUUGUUGCAGGCCACGGGAAGUCUUUUGCCUUGGGCAUUAUCAAGUGGUGUGGCAUUGGAGCGGUAGCCUCUUACACAAAUGCCAUGAUUAAAUUCAUGCAAUCCAAGGUUUCCAUAGCUUUCCGAACACGACUUACAAGAUACAUACACGAUCUUUAUUUGAACGACAACCUGAACUAUUAUAAACUCUCCAACUUGGACGGCGGUGUAGGCCAGAGCGCCGAUCAAUUCAUUACCCAAGACCUGACACUAUUCUGCACGUCUGCUGCCAAGCUAUAUUCCUCAUUAGGGAAACCUUUUGUUGAUCUAUGUGUGUUCAAUUACCAACUGUAUUGUUCACUUGGGCCUCUAGCCUUGAGCGGCCUUCUCAGCAAUUACAUAUUGACUGCCACAAUUCUACGAAAGCUAUCGCCGAAUUUCGGAAAAUUGAAGGCCAUAGAAGGCCGCAAGGAGGGCGACUUCAGAGGGCUUCACGCCCGACUUAUUGCCAAUGCCGAGGAAGUUGCCUUUUACGGAGGAGCGGACAUGGAGAAGGCCUUCUUAAACAAGGAGUUUGUGUCGCUGAAGAAGUGGAUGGAGCUCAUUUUUACCCUGAAGAUCAGGUACAACAUUUUAGAAGACUUUGUCUUGAAAUAUAGUUGGAGCGCUUACGGCUAUCUUCUCACGGCCCUCCCCAUCUUCCUACCCACCUGGGGCGGAAUCGGAGGCGCUGCAGAGCUUAUCGAAUCUACGGUCAAGGGAGGUAGAGAACAAGGGCGAAUGAAGGAUUUUAUCACCAACAAACGCCUGAUGCUCUCGCUUGCCGAUGCGGGCGGACGGAUGAUGUAUUCCAUUAAGGAUCUAUCUGAACUCGCAGGGUAUACCUCUCGAGUAUACACCUUGAUAUCAACGCUACACCGAGUCGAGGCGAAUGCAUAUUAUCCACAACGUGGGACUAGCGCGGAGUUAUACUCCGUUUCAGACGUUCAAGGCACUACCCAGAAGGGCUAUGAUGGAGUACGACUGGAAAACGUUCCGGUAGUAGCUCCGUCGCUGUUCCCCAAUGGAGGCGAUGAGCUGGUCGACUCUCUGUCGAUCAUCGUGCAUUCUGGGGAGCAUCUCCUGAUCUCCGGUGCAAAUGGCGUUGGAAAGAGUGCCAUCUCGAGGAUCGUAGCUGGGCUGUGGCCUGUAUACAGAGGCCUUGCGAGCAAGCCUCGCAGUGUUGGCACUGAUGGGAUCAUGUUCUUACCACAGCGCCCUUAUCUAAGCGUUGGGACUCUUAGGGACCAAGUGAUAUACCCUGAUGGGGAGUUCGAAAUGAGGGACCGUGGCCGCAGGGAUAGUGAGCUCCAGCGUAUUCUGGAAGAGGCACAUCUGGGAUAUCUCCCAGAGCGCGAGGGUGGCUGGGAUACUCGCAAGGAGUGGAAAGAUGUGCUUAGCGGUGGAGAGAAGCAACGGAUGGCGAUCGCACGAUUGCUGUAUCACGAGCCCCGAUACGCCUUUAUUGACGAAGGCACCAGCGCUGUCUCGAACGAUGUUGAAGGCAUCCUCUACGAGACAGCCAAGGAUAAGGGAAUCACUUUAAUUACAAUCUCGACGAGAGCAUCGCUGAAGAAAUAUCACACGUUUAACCUCACCCUUGGCCUCGGAGAGAAUGGGGAUGAAUGGGAAUAUGAGCGUAUCGGAACAGAAAAGGAGAAGAUGAACGUGGAGAGGGAGCUCCAAGAGCUCAGAGAGCACAUUGGCAAAGUCCAAGAGUGGAAGGACAGGCACGCAGAGAUUGAGAAGGAGCUGGCAAAGGUAUGGGUUGACGGCGGAGAUGUCUUGGAGGCCGCAGAGGUGGAAGAGCACAUGAAGACCACUGUAUUGACAUAAGACGUAUUUGAUAGG